GAACUUCAUCUUCGCAGAAAGAACCGGCGCUGAGCCGCGGUGGGCGGAUGUGAAACAUGUCUCCUCACGGAAAUAAAUAACGGGACCGGAGGACGAUAAAUACAUGAGUGGAAGAGAAGAGAACAAAACCCGGGGAGGAAAGAGAGGAGGUUCGGCUGAAGUCAAAACCACACGUCUCAGUUUGAUGUCUUUCUGGUAACAGAUACCUGCUGAAAAUAGUCCCGAAAUCCUGCAUUGAGUCUCCUCUGGUCUGUGUGACCCCCUGACACAGAGAGGAUGGUGAUGAAGGAGGGGGGGCAUAGGGACAGAGGGAGGGGGGCUCCAGCGCCAGCAGGAGACGACAAGAGGCAGAUCUUCGUGGAGCUCGGUGAUCAAAACUUUGACUCCAUUUGUCUCUCUACGUAUCGAACAGCCUGCAAGCUGAGAUUUAUACAGAAGAGAUGCAACUUGCAUCUGAUAGACAUUUAUAAUGUGAUUGAGGCGGUGCGGGAUGCUGGUCUGAACGCAGUCGAGCUCAACGCCGGCAUCUCCGUGACCAGACUGGAGAACCUGGUGUCCUCCCUGUUCAACCAGCUCAGCAAGCGCCUGCCCACCACCCACACCAUCAACCCCCAGGAGAGCACCGUCCUCUUAGUCCAGUUCAUACUGGCCGCUGUUGACUGUGAACCAGAGAGCCGUCUGACAGUCCUGUCUGUGAAGGCCAUGCUGGCCACGCUGUGUGGAGGCAAGCUGGUGGAUAAACUUCGCUAUGUGUUUUCUCAGGUGUCUGACUCCCACGGUGCGUUGGUCCUGUCCAAGUUUGACAGUUUUCUGCGGGAGGUUCUCAAGCUGCCCACUGCUGUGCUUGAAGGACCGGCCUUCGGCUACACAAACACAGCGGCGCGCUCCUGUUUCCCACAACAGAAAAGAGUGAUGCUGAACUUGUUCUUGGACAUCGUAGUCGAACCUCCCCAGUGUCUCAUCUGGUGGCCUCUGAUGCACCGUCUGGCCAACGUGGAACAUGUCUACCAUCCUGUAAGUUGCUCCUAUUGCCAUGACAACGGUAUGACGGGCUUUCGCUAUCGCUGCCUCCGCUGCCGUGGUUACCAGCUCUGCCAGAACUGCUUCUGGCGUGGCAAAGCCAGCGGCUCUCACAGCAGCCAGCACCAGAUGAAGGAGCACUCAUCCUGGAAGUCUCCAGCAAAGAAGCUUGGGCGAGCUCUAAGCAGGACUCUGGGCUGUGUCUCCUCAAGGGAACCCCCACACCCCAUUUACCCUGAGGAACCAGAGCGGACCCUUAACCUGGCUAAUAUUGUCCCCUGCAGACCCAUUGGUACUGACGGCGAGGCCAUGUUGCUGUCAUCGUCGGCACCCGAAUCAUCCAAGAGUUUGACUGCAGCUCGGCGAAUAAACGAGGAGCACGCUCUGAUCGCCGCAUACGUGAACCGCCUGCAGAACAGCCCACGAGCUGUGGACAGUCCCAGCAGACAAGAUGAGGAACACAAACUGAUCGCUCGCUACACCUCCAGACUGGCAGAGACAGACAGCACAGGAAUGAUUCCAUCGAGGAGCAUCAACUUUGAUGCAAACAAACAGAAGAGGGAGCUCAUCGCUCAGCUGGAGUGCAAAAACAGGGAGAUCCUGGCAGAGAUCAAGCGUCUGCGUGUAGAGCAUGACGCCGCGUGCCAACCGAGCCCGGGCAGGAGCAGCACCAACCCAACCCUGCUGGCAGAGCUGCGUCAGCUCAGGCAGAGAAAGGAUGAGCUGGAGCAGAGGAUGUCGUCUCUGCAGGAGAGCAGGAGGGAGCUGAUGGUGCAGCUGGAGGGCUUGAUGAAGCUGCUGAAGGAUGAGGAGCAGCGACAGGCAGCGCAGGCAGCCAGUUCUUCCCACGCCUCCCCAUCCCGACCCAGCCCGUCCAGCGUCCGCUCCUUAGGAGCUGCAUCUCCUCAUGCCCACAUGCACCACCCACAAGAUUCCCUUGCGGGCGUGGGGGGUGAUGUACAAGAAGCCUUCGCUCAAGGACCCAGAAGGAACCUGAGGAAUGACCUUUUGGUUGCAGCCGACUCCAUUACCAACACAGUUUCCUCACUUGUCAAAGAGCUGCACUCUGACGAUGGUCGGGAGGAGGAGGAGCGACUCCUCAACGGAAAAGACCGAGUUUUAGCAAGCAGGUCCUGUGGCGCCCUCCAUACCACUCAGUGCCCAUGAAAUAGCCCUCAAUCUCAAAAAGACAGAGCGAUGUUUCAACGUGACCGUCUGACCCCCCGCCGCUGAAGUCUCCCCAGUGGUUGGUGACCUCCGGGGGAUUCAAGCUCCUCCCCCAAUCGGGAUGCUGGACAUGAAAAGGACCGCCGGGUCUCUGCUGAUGCAUAGCUGUGAUUCUGUCUCGUCACUGUGGUUUGAUGUCGCUCGGGUUCGAUGGCAAACGUCCGAGCGAGGAACCCCGAAGUGUUGUGUGUGUGUGUUUGUGUGUGUGUGUGCGUGCACCGAGGAGGUGUGAGGGAAUGAGGAGCGGAAGAUGUUUGAAGGGCAGGAGAAAGUUUAAGGAUGGGACUGGAGGAGGUUUUCAGGAAAAGCGCUUCGGCACCGUGUGCUCUCUAUUUAUUUUGUUUUUAAGACGUGCUCAAUUAUUUGGAGUGUUGUUGUGCGGUCAGAUCCUGCUGAGGCGUCAGGUCUGUGCAGUCUGACACGUUUGGUUGUAAAUAUCGCCAAAAAACUUUCUUUAGCUUUAAACACAAAAGAAAAAAAAAACAGCCAAAAAUUGUGUGGAAAGGACCGGAAACUGGUUCUGCUGGACAAAACAGGAGGUCGGCUCACGCCUCUGUGUGUCCCGGUACUGCAGCCGAAGUCCAUGUUUGAUUCUGUUGUGUGUGCGUGUGUGUGUGUGCGUGUGUGGGGUCGGUUUUCCAAAGAAGUGUGUUCAAAAAAGAAAAUCAAAGUUUUUGCUGGACAUCAAAAAUAAAGAUUUUUACCAAAA